UCUUCAAGAUUUGUGUGUAUGUAUGUUUGUUUGUAUAUACAAUUAUGAGCACUAAAUCGCGUUAAGUGAAAUUAAUGGGUCGAAUCACGACUUAGUGUUUGAUUGACACUUAUUGUGACGGUUUUGUAACUGCAACCAAACUGAUAAGGCCCUCUUAUAUUGUGAAAAUUAAAGACGACAACUACGGCGGGCAGACCAGCACCUACGCAAUCAAAAUGUAAACAGAUCGCAAUAAAAAAUUGAGUAAAUAAAAUAAAUUAACCGGGCAAAUGAGACAAACAGGCACGCAAACACAAACACAUCAACACACAUACGCCUUAAUACACACGUAUAUCCAUAUAUAUACCUACUAAGGCAGAUAUCAAGAAGCGAAUGCGACGCCAACGAACUCGUUUCAAUUGAAGCUACACGGUGCGGUCUACAGUAUCUCAAAUUUUAUUUCACUUUUGAACGCGCUACCGAGAAGCACGAGUAAUUUUACAAUACAGGCGCAAUUCUUUGCAAUUUCAAAUACAUACAUACAUACUCGUAUAUACAAAUAAUGGAGCAAUGGAACAACGUCGAGCUGACAAAUAUGUCCAAAAAAUCGUAUACCUUGAAUCACGAAUACGAUGGCGCGCAAAGGCUGAAUAAAGAGAACGCACCCCCUACACAAACCGCCUCAUCGACGGAACCAAGCCCUCAGUGCGACCUCCUGCAGCCAGGCUCAGAUAUAAAGCCUAAAAUAAAGCCUGAAGAUGUGGAGACAUUGGUGAGACGCCUCUAUGGCAUUACAAUAAGCGAAAUCAAGGAGCUAAUUUCUUACGAUGAUCGCAACUAUUUUAUCAAGGAGGACAGUAAUGUAAAAAAUCCGUUGAUUGUAGCACAUUGUCCGCAGGGCUAUGUUUUGAAAGUUGUUAACAGUUUAGAUUCGAAGAAGGAGGACAUUGUGGACGCUCAAAAUCAACUGCUAUUAUACUUAGCUAAGAAUAAGGUACAAUGUCCAAAGCCAAUUGUAAAUGCAUGUGGCAAAUAUUACUCUGUGGAGCGAUUCAGUGGCGGAGGUGGCAAUGUCGUGCGGCUGCUGGAAUUCGUCCCGGGCAAGAUGUUCCACGAAAUCGAGGUGACCAAGAAUCUACUUUACCAGAGUGGACAAUACUUGGCAAAACUGAAUGGUGUAAUGAAAAAUUUCACUCAUCCAGCGUAUGAAUCACACAAAACCAUUUGGAUGCUACAAUCGGCGCCACAACUAAGGGAUUUCCUAUAUGCCCUUAAAGAUCUGUCACGACAGGCAAUAAUUGAAGAGAUAAUUGAUGCCUUUGAAUUAAAGGUGUUGAGUGCACUGCCGGGACUGGAGAAACAAAUUAUUCACGGUGAUUUUAAUGAGCAAAAUAUUGUAGUGGCGAAAGGACCAUCGAACGAAUAUUGCGUAACAGGCAUUAUAGAUUUUGGAGAUACGAGCAAGUCUCCAGUGCUGUUCGACAUCGGAAUAGCUAUGGCUUAUAUGAUGCUACAGGCCAGAGACCUAGCUAGUGGCGGCAUUUUCUUGUCCGGCUACACGAUGGUGCGGCCCAUCAGUUCCAUAGAACGUGACUAUUUAAAGUAUUGUGUGGCGGCACGUCUAGCUCAGAGUCUGGUCAUGGGCGCCUAUACACACACGCUGCAUCCAAGCAACGACUACGUUCUGGUUACCCAAGAGCAGGGUUGGCGUUUAAUUGAACAGCUUUGGCGCGAAAAAUUCGAUACGAUCGACGAACUUUGGGAGACUACUGGCCAUCAGUAUCUGACGCAAAGCCACAAAUAGGUCGGUCCCAAUCCCAUGAUGACACUUCACCAGAGUAUACAUUCGUCAAUUUAUCUUUAAAUAAUAUAACAUAUCAAUAACAGCAGCUACUGUCUUUUGACAAAAACUAAUUGAAUCCAAAGUAUUGAAAAUAUGCUUUAUCGUUAUUUUUAUACUAUUUUGUAUAUUAAUGUGUUCUAUGUAUAUAUACAUACAUACAUAUAAUAUCUUAACAUUAAAACUUGUUAAACAGUUAAAUUUACAAGUA